AUGCAUCUGGACGACGCCGCCUCGGACGAACUCAAGACCUGGGUCGUCAAGCGUCUCGACGACAUCUCGGACGCCGACUCGGACGUCCUUGCCGACUAUGUUCUUGCCUUGAUCAAAUCAGACGAGUCAGACGAUCAAGUCAAGCAGAAUUGCAACGACAAUCUACUCGACUUUCUGCAUGAUACCACGCCUCAAUUCGUCAACGAUGUCUUCGCCCACCUCGCAAAUUCCCAGUCCCACUCCCAGUCCCAGCCCCUGCAACCCACCGCCACUGCCUUCCAGCCUACUGCCCCUGCCUUCCAACCUAGCGAACCUGCUUUCAACCCUCCCUCAGGUCCUGCUUCAAAGAAGCGCGACUUCAAUGACAGCAAUGCCUUUGACAACCACCCUCAAGCAUACCACCAGGACCGUCCCAUCAAGAUGCGACGAGGCGGUCGCGGUGGUCAAAGAGGAGGUUUCAUGGGUCAAAUGUCUGCCGCUCCUCAGUCCAUGCCCCCCUUCGACCCGAACAACCCUAUGGCCGCUCUCAUGGCAAUGCAGCAGGCACUGAAUCUGCCCGGCAUGCCUCAGAUGCCUGGAAUCUCUCAAAUGCCCUUCCCUCAAUCGCCCGGCGCUUUCAACAACAACAACAACAACAACAACGCCCAAACCCCGCGCUCUGGUCAGAGAUGUCACGACUACGAUACAAAGGGCUUCUGCGCACUCGGUGCUUCGUGUCCCCAUGACCACGGCAACGAUCCCGUCCUCGUACCCCAACAGCAAGACGAAUACGAUCCUACAAAUGCCUCUAUAUCCCAAGGCCGUCCGUUCGGUGAUAGAGGGCGUGGCCGUGGUCGCGGUAGAGGCGACAGAGGCGCCUUCCGUGGUGGCCGUGGCGGUCGCGCCGAUUUCUCGUCCGCCGGUCCAAACCACGAUCGCUCAAUUACACAGGUGGUGAUUGAACAGAUCCCCGAGGAGAACUUCAACGAGCAAUCCGUCCGCGAUUUCUUCUCGGAAUUUGGAACCAUUGAAUCGGUCGAGCUGCAAGAUUACAAACGUUUGGCUAUCAUCAAGUUUGAGGACUACGACAGCGCAAAGAAAGCAUAUGACAGCCCCAAGGUCAUUUUCGACAACCGUUUCGUCAAAGUCUACUGGUACAAGCCCGAGAGAAUGCAACGGGAGCGCCAUCAGAAUGGCUUUAGCAAGAGUGAUGGUGAUGUAGAAAUGCAAGAGGAAGAGAAGAUCGACCCCGUCGAAUUCGCAAAGAAACAAGAAGAGGCACAACGCGCUCACGAAGAAAAAACAAAGAAGAUCAAGGAGGCCGAGGCACAACGGCAAGAGUUGGAACAAAAGAUGAAGGCUCAGGCCGAAGAGCGCAGCAAACUACUCGCCAAACUCGCCGCCAAAGAAAGAGGAAAGUCAGGGACUCCAGACCAAUCCGCCGCUGCUCAAAACGGCAGUACCAAUGGCGCAGACGGAAACGGCACACCCUCGCAAACCGACGCAUUGAAAGCGAAGCUCGCAGAGUUGGAAAGAGAAGCCGAGAGCAUAGGCAUAAAUCCAAACGAAGAUCAGCCAUGGCAAGGUUUUGCUCCACGCGGUCGUGGUGGAUACAGAGGACGUGGAGCAUUCCAACCGCGAGGCGCAUGGCGAGGAGGCAGAGGUGCUUUUGCUGCGCGCGGUGGUGCGGUGAGGAGACUUGACAACAGACCUCGCACCAUUGCAGUCAUUUUCCCUGACAAUGCGCAACUGGAUACUGCAAAGGACGAGGCGCUAAGGCAAUACCUCCUAUUCAGCGAUCUCAUGGAAUCCACACAAAUAAGCCCUCACCCUUCGCGCUCCGACGCAGCAAUGCUCGCCUUCUCCGAACGCUACCAGGCCGAAAAGUUCCUGAACCACGGCUCUGACAUCCCUCAUCUUGGUAAAGUGGAAUUGUCGUGGAUGGCAAAUCCCGCGCCUACUACCCCUGCCACUGCCACCUUCACACCGACAGAGGCAUCGAAGGAUAUCAAUAUGGAUGAGGCUCAGGAUGCAGGACAGCAAAGGCCGCAAGCACCAGCGGCAGAGAUGGAUUACGAUGUCGCUGAUGAUGAC